GCUGGACACAGCACAAUCCCGGCCAUGUCUGCAGGGAAGAACACAACAGAAAAUGCUGCUGAGAGAGACAUUGGGCAAAAUGGACUGGCAGAGGUGCUGAAAGAAGUGGGCCUCUGCACAGAAUACUGGCUCCUUGUAUUAGAGAAACAGCUAGGAGUUACUGGCACACAAGCCUUGAAACAUCUGACAGAUGAAGACUACCUAAAGCUUGCAAGCAACGCACAGUACACAUGGGAGAAAAAAGCCCUGAAAGAGUUCCUUCAAGCACAUGGCAAGGCAAAGAUGAAACAGCAGCACAAAGAAUGUAUGGAGGAAGAAAGAAAGAGGCAAGAGGAAAGUAAAGCAACUCUGAGGGAAGUAAAGGAGUUACACUUGAAAGGCAGGGAUCACCAUAAAGAAGGUAAGCAAAAGAAAGAGGAAAAUUUGUGCGACACUCUAGAGUUCUCCAUGGAACCCAAACAUCCCUCUGGGAAGACUCUGGUGGAGGAGUUAGAGGCCAGACACAAGCAAUUGGAACAGCAGGAGGAAUCGGUGGGUAGGAGUGAGAAUGUCUCCGAUAAGGAAGUCCUGAGGCGAGCAUCAGGGGGACUGGCUCUGCAGGGCAUUUACAGAACUAACAGCCUUGCAGACAUGCUGGCAAAGCGAGAGCAGCUCAUCAACAUUCCUGAUGGAUUCAAGCUCACUGGUCCAGAACAAGGGUCACUGCUUGAGAAGAAAGAGUUUUCAUCCUCUUCAGCAGAAGCCACUUUUACCAAGUCCAUGGAGCAGCUGGGGUUCAGCCUCAGCAUUGCAGCCAAAGCCGGGUUCUGGGGCUCUAGUGUUGAAGGUGGUGUAGAUUACAGCAGCUCCUCACAGUCAGAGCAAACUCACCAGUCAUGCUCCGAGCAGGCAUACCUUUGCACCACUAAGUACCAGUACAUCCCUCUGGCCUCCUGCUACUUCCAGAAGCAUCAGCUUCGCCUCUCGGAUGCGGCCCUGCAGGAGCUGCAAGACAUUGAGCAACUUCUGAGCAUCACUGAGGAAGCAAACAGGAUCGACAUGCUGAAAAGCAGGUGUGGGAGCUUCUUCAGGACAUUUGGGUCCCACGUAAACCAGGGCCCCCUACACUUUGGGGGAAUAUUCUGGUGGAAAGCAUCUACAGAAGGGUUCAGGGCUGAGCAGCGGGAGAAGGUGAAGAGAAAAGCAUCUGAAGCACUCAGUUCCUACAUAGUGGCCAGCUAUAGUGGUAUUAGCUUCAGUGCAGCACCAAUACUUAAUAUAACCUCCAAUAAGGUAUCAGCUCAAGGCUCGGAUAGAAGAUCAUUUGAAGUAGAAGUUCACCUCUCUGUGGCCCAGACUGGUGGCCCAGCUGGGGUAGAUUCCCUCAAAUCCUGGAAAAAUGAACUAAAAUGCAGUAACACAUCCUGGUGUGUUAUUGACCGAGGCUUUCUGCUGAUCCCAGUGUGGGACAUAAUCCUAUCCAAUCAUGGACAAGACUUCAGAAAUGUUCAUCAGCUGAGCAGCAGCCUCCGGGAUGCCUAUGAAAGAUUAACAAACCUACCUGUAAAUACAUUGCGUGAGGAGGGAACAGUGAGUGCUUUGGGACAAACCCAGUCAUUCCUAGAGGAAAUCAAGUCCUGGGAAGUCAGUGGGAGUGAGCAGCAGCUAAUUAAAUUGAUGAUCUUCAAGCAGAAUCUGAAUGAAAAAACAAAGAGCAACAAGAUCUGGGUGAGCACUUGCCUGGCAGACAAGGUGUUGCAAGAUUUCCUGGUAAAAACAGUUUCAUUAUGCAAAUAUUCAUCUCUUCCUAAUACCUUGUCCAUAAAAUUUAUCUUGCGUUGCCUUCUUGAUCCUUAUAUCUAUUCAGUGGACAAUUUCCCCAAAUCUUCUUUCAUUAUGCAGUGGGUAUUUCAUGAUGAAGAAGAGCCCCCCAGAACACCAUGUGUCUAUGAAUUCACUGAUUUCUUGCACAGUCUUCAGAAAAUGAAGGAACUCAUGGAAGAAGCUGCAUCUCUUCCAGAGGUAGAGACAGAAGUAAAAGUUAAAGUCAGUUUAAAUUUGAGUUUAGCUUUGUGCUCCUUCCUGAAGACUCUAAGAGAAGGAGAGGAAACAGAUGUAGCAUCAUUACUACUCUGCAUUGCAGAGAGUGCAGGAUAUCGAGAAGAAAACAGCACUUUUCAGUAUCUCCUUGAAUUGCCAGAAGUUAACUUCAUGUUAAGUGAAAUGAAAAAAGCACAUGAAUACUACAUGAAUCUGAGGAACCAAGCCACUUCCAGAGCUCAAGCUUUCCUGCUCCUGACAGCUCUGAGUACAACAGCGAAACGCAAAGACAUGUCUCCAGAACAGAAGUUUAAUUUCUUGACUCAGAUGAAGCAUAACAUAGGAAACUCACUGUCAGAAGAAGUCAGCGAUAUCCUGAAAAAGCAUGGUAGAUGUGAUCCUGGAGGUGCUCUGGAAAAAGAUCUAAAUUCCCUUAUAAAUGGAGAAUAUGCAGUCUUCAACUGUGAUCUGCAGAAAGAAGUUAUAAAGCAGGAGCUAAUUAACAUUUGUCAGGGGACUAAACAGAAAGAUUCAUCAAAGUCAUCACCCUCAGCAGAACAGUCAGAUGAUCCUAAAAUGAAUGAGGGUUCCGGAGGCCAAGAGUUCCUCAAUUUGAUCAAACAACUGGGACUAGAAAAUUACUACCCGAGGAAAAUGGGGAUUGCAGAUUUUCACAUUAUUGAUAAGACAUCUCUAUGUGACAGCCAGCCUAGAACUGGCAGUGAAUACCCCUUCUAUUUUUUGCAGAAGCUGCUGAUGCUAGAUUAUCGUGUAAGAUAUCUGGUUUGCCAGGAUGACAGCAAAGCAAAAGAAGGCAUUCUGAGCACACUGAAUGCAACAAGCCUUGGUCCUGAGUGCUCAGAUGAUUACUCAGAUAUUUACAGUGAUUUUUUAAAUGCUAAUCAUGAGGAAAUCAAUGUCUCUGUUACAACAGGUCUGACACACAUACAUCCCAUGGACCUCCAGAUGGCAAUUUUUCAUUGUGCUGAUGAUUUCAUGAGACAGUACAUUUCAACAAAGCUCGCUUUUUGCCAGUUUGCGCUUCCCCUCCUAGUACCAAAUCCAUGCACCUCACAGAUAGAGUUCCCUCUCUGGUCCCUCAGCCAAAUUAAAAAGAGCUGGAAAGGGACGGAAAAGUUGGGAAAGCAGACCACAAUUAAGAAUCACAAAACCAAACUGAUUUACCAGGCAGACACACCCAUUGUGUCCUUCAUACGGAUUGGGAGUUCUCCUUCCUCUUCCAAGUCGCAGAUCCUGAAUGCUCUGCUGAAUAAACACAAACACGACACUUUCUUCCAUCGACACUGCAAAGGCAGCACCAAAGACUGUCUUCUGAUGAAAGGUGUUGUGGAGAUCUCUUGGUACUGUCCCAGUGGAAGAAAUGAUGACAGAUUUGAGAACUGCAUUGCAUUCACUAACUUACAUGGAGAUGCAAGAGAACACAAACAACAAGUUAAAUUUGUACAGGAGAUAGCUUCUCUAAAUGUGGUCCUCCUUACCACUUCUGAUGAGAAUGAGGUAGGUAAGCAGCUUGUACGUGAUCUCUUGAAGUCCCCAAAGCCUUUUGUUUGCCUUCUUACUGAGAAAGAGGGCACUCCUUUGCGUAUAACUAAACGAGACAUCAAAGUAUCUGACAAGAGCAAUCUCAACAUAAAAAUACCUAUCAAGAACAAAAACGAGGCAGACUUAGUUGAUGAUUUGGCAAACACAAUCAGAGGUUUACUAGAAUAUGCAGAGGGUAGUAGCAGUCUGGACACAUGUGCGGGAACUGCUCGCCAAUAUGGAUUUCUUAUUGAUGAAGACAAAGAAGAUUGCAAAGAGGCCAAGGCUACGGCACAAGCACUGGUGGCCUUAUGCAAGGAGGAGAAUAUAGCAAGCGUGAAGGAAAAGCUGUUGCCUCUUCAAGGAGAAUUAUGGCAUGAGUGGUGUAGGAAAGACAAGGAACUCACUCGCCUGCUAGAAAAGAGAAACAGGAGCAUUGAACAGCAUCGCAGUGAAAUUGAGUCAGAAAAACAUGCUAUAAGACAGAAGCAGUUGGAAAAAGGAUUCCCCCCAAAUGAGCUAAUGAAGCCAGUCCUGAAAAUUAUUCUGUCAGAUUCUGAAACCACCAAAAAGUACUUCCUGCAGUGGUUGAAAAUAUUCAUGGAUGUCUUGUCAGCUGACCACCUUGCAGAACUCCAGCAGAAAUAUCAUGCCUUGUGGACAAAAAUGAAGGAGAAAAAACACCCUGCAGAAAAUGACAAUGCAAGAGAUAUAUUAAGGCAUAAGUUAGAAGCAUUGUCAGCUGAGAUAAGUGCUUCUACAAUAGGUCUUGAGCACAUUCUGAGGGAAGCUGGGCAGAUUUAUGAAGCUUUGAAUGUGAAUACUCAAAAAGAUGAGUAUUUUCUUCAGCUGCCACAGAUUGCAGCCAAUCUGAUGGUUUCAGGGUAUCCAAUUGAACUGAUGGAUGGUGAUGCUUCCUAUGUACCAUUACAAUGGAUCGGGGCAAUCUUUGACAAAUUAAUUGAAAAGCUAGGGGACAAAAGAGUGUACGUUCUUUCAGUGCUUGGCAUCCAGAGCACAGGGAAGUCAACCCUGCUCAAUGCCAUGUUUGGUCUUCAGUUUAAUGUCAGUGCGGGGAGGUGCACCCGCGGAGCGUUUAUGCAGUUGCUUAAAGUGGAUGAGAAACUCCAACAGGAUGUGAACUUUGAUUACAUGCUGAUCGUUGACACAGAAGGACUUCGUGCCAUAGAGGUGGCCAAUAAACAGUCACUUAAUCAUGACAAUGAGCUAGCCACCUUUGUCAUUGGCAUCGGCAACAUGACUCUGAUCAAUGUCUUUGGAGAAAAUCCUUCAGAAAUGCAAGAUGUCCUGCAGAUAGCUGUGCAGGCUUUUCUGCGGAUGAAGCAAGUCAAUCUCUCCCCAAGCUGCUUGUUUGUGCACCAAAACGUUGGAGAAAUAACUGCAAAGGAGCAAAACAUGGAAGGACAAAGACGCCUGCAGGAAAAGCUGGACAAAAUGACACUGACAGCUGCCCAGCAGGAAUUCUGUGAUGCCACCUGCUUCAGCGAUGUCAUCCGCUUUGACGUGAACACCCACAUUCAUUACUUUGCUCACCUCUGGGAAGGAAACCCACCAAUGGCACCACCUAACCCCACUUACAGCCAAAACGUGCAAGAGUUAAAGAGUAAAAUUCUCCAAGCUGCCAAGAAGGAAUCACAGGGCAGUAUAUUAAGGCUCUCGAGCUUGAAAGUUCGUAUUAGUGACUUGUGGAAUGCCUUGCUAAAUGAAAAGUUUGUUUUCAGUUUCAAAAACACUCUGGAAAUUGCCACAUACAACAGGUUAGAAACUAUAUAUAACCAGUGGACCUGGCAGCUGAGAAGUCACAUCCUGGAUUUGCAAAUGAAACUGAACAAUCGUAUUAAAAAGGGAGAAAUUCAGCACAUAACCCGAAAAAGCCUUAUGGAGGAAGUUCAAGAGAAAUAUGAGACUAUCUUGAAAGAUUUGGAACAGUAUUUUAGGGAAGAUGAAGACAGUGGGAUUUUGAUUCAGUGGAGAGCAAACAUUGAAAAUAAACUGAAAGAUCUGAAAGACGUGCUUGUUGAUGAGACACAGAGGAAGUCUUCAGAGUUCAUUGAACUGAAGAAGAAUCACAGUAAACUGGAUCAGAAGAAGUCAGAAUAUGAACAUGAGCUUUUCAAAAGAAGCCAAAUGCUGGCUUUGUCACUAAAGAAUGAAGAGCUGAAUGAAGAAAAGCUGAGACAACACUUUGAUGUCGUUUGGAAACAAUGGGUCUAUGAAGUAUCUUCAAAUGCACCUCCUUCUGCAGAACCAAACAUAAACCUUGAUAUUCAGAAUAUUCUGCUGGAGCAUUUCAAACAAGAACCAAACAUAGACGAGAAAAUAAAGUGUUUCUUGCAGAAAGAUGCAUUUACCACAGAUAUUUCCAAGCAUGUUGUCUUGAAGGGAGCACUGCCAUUCACAAAAAAGCCUUUGGACAGCUAUGAUAUAACCAGAAUUGAGCAACUUGAACAGCGCAUCACACAGCUCGUCAGCAUGACCAUCGACACAAAGGAACAGGAGCAAAUGGAUUACAACCAAAGUUACAUUCAUGAGAUACUCAAUGAAAUAAGAAAACAGGUGGACUCUGUAGCCUGUAACUCCAAAUAUAUCUUUACUAAUGGAUACAGAAUAUAUUUAUCAAUGUCUCUAUGCAAAAUGGCAGCAAAAAGGUUUGAAAAUAUGCAUAAGGCUUUCAAAAGAGCAAACGAUCCAACUUUCUAUCUGGAGAGCAAGAGAGAAGACUUCUUCAGAAGUUUCCAGAUUUCCUGCCAAGGAGCAACUUCUAUCACAGCAUUUGCUGGUUUUGUGUGUGACAAGCUUUCAGUAGCUCUUCGACAGGCAGUGUAUGCAAAGACUGCUAUUGACAUAGCCUGUGAGAUGAGGUCUAACUAUCCACCUUUCAAUGGCAAUCGAUCUAAACUUGAAAUGGCUAUUCUCAUUUCUCUUGCAGAGGAAGAGAAUUUUGAGAAGUUCAGGCAGUACAUUCAUUUCCCAAAAGAUUUUUUAGAAAGUUUCAUCGAAAAUUGUGUUAAUAACUAUUGCUUAGACAAGAAAAAUCCAAGGCUGAAGAACUUCUUAAAUAUGUCCCUGAAUUCAUUUCAGACUCUUAUUGUUUCUGCUAUUUUUACUUCUACUGAAGUUGUCAAAGACAAAUGCGGAAAUGUAUCCUUAUGGCUGGAUGAAUUUUGUAGAAGACUUGGAGAUAAUUUUGAACUUCCCAGAAGUGAUCUGAAAAACAUUGAACAUCAGGAAAUACAUGACAUAGAAUUCCUUAAGGAGGCAAUCAGUAAAGCACUGAUCCCUGUGCUAGAAAACCUGAAACAGGAAUUUUCAGUGACUGAUAUGAAACCUUUUAUCUUGAAACCUCAUAAAAUAUUAUUUGAACAGCUCCAUGGAUGCUGGGAGCAAUGUCCAUUCUGCAAGGCUCUUUGCACAAACACAAUACCUGGUCAUCACGGGGACCACAGUGUUCACUUCCAUCGUCCUCAAGUCCUGAAUGGUACCCAGUGGGUUAGAACAAACCAGUUUGUCAUCGAGAUUUGCUCCAGUCUUGUAGCAAGUAACUGUUUCCUUGUGCUUCACGGUAACAAUGAAAUUUCCUUUAAAAAUUAUAGAAAAGCAGGACCAGCUUAUGCCAACUGGAGCAUCACACCAGACAACUCCACACAAGCAUACUGGAAAUGGUUUGUGUGCCAUUUCCGCUCACAACUGGAACAAGAUUACUGUGCAAAAUUUGAGGGCAAAGGAUCAAUCCCUCCAGAAUGGGAGAAGUUUACAAAGAAAGAUGUGAUCUGUGAGCUGAAACAGCUAUCAACUCAACAUGGCAUCUCACAGCACGAAAUCUGUCUGUUAAUGGACUGAAUGUAUUGGCAUCCAUUGCAGGCAGUCAAAGAGAUUCCAGCUGGAAGAAGAAUUUUAUUUUGUACUUUUUUAUUUCAGUUCCUGUUCUUAUUUCCAGAAAUGUGCAUAAAACAAACUCAAGGGCUAGCCUUCUGGAAAGAAACCGAACAAUAGUCGGCAGAAUCUGCAAGAUAUGAACAUAGAUGAUGCCAUGGUCAAUACAUAACAUCUUUGACUUUCUGUAACCCAUUUGUGGAGGGUGGGUUUAACUUAGAAUCAUAGACUCCAAGAAGCAGUCUUUGCUGAAGUCUGUAAUUUUAAAGUCAAAAUGGAUCAAUACGAUCCUCUCAUCUGAUCUCCUCAUGAAUGGAAAUAUCAUGGAAUUUUACUGUUAACCAAGUCAUAGCUUGUGUUUGAUCCAGUAUCUCUGCUCUGUCUGUAACACACUUUCACACGCUUAUAGCUCUGUAUCAGUAAUAAACAUUAACGAAGGCCUGCUGCCUGCUCUCA